AUGCGAAUACGAAAGGAGUUACACUUGAUAAGGCAUGCGAAUGGCUCUUUCGAGAAGCCUCCGGCAUUCUACACAUUGUCCCUGGCAGAGAGACAAGGGUUUUAUGAUUUCUUGAAAUCGAUUAAGUAUCCUGAUGGCUAUGCUGCAAAUGUAUCCAACUGUGUCACUGCGAAUGGUGGUAAGUUAGUUGGCCUUAAGAGUUAUGACUGUCAUGUCCUUCUACAACGUCUUCUUCCCAUUGGGAUGCGAGGAUACCUUCCUACCGAGAUUGGGACCACAUUGAUGCUUGGACUUCUUAAAGGAUUUAUGGGCAAUAAAUCUCGGCCAAAAGGUUUCAUUAAGGAGGGCUACAUAUCAAAAGAGUGUACGAUGUUUUGUUCAAUGUAUUUGGAUGGAGUUGAAACGGUCUUUAACCGGGAAGAAAGGAACUACGAUGGAGGUGACAAUGGGCCGGGGUUGGCAAUUUUCACUCAAAAUGUUCGUCCUUUUGGUCAACUCACAAGGGAAAUUGAUGUGUCCGUAACUGACCGCGAAUUGGCUCAUUGGGAACACAAGCUCGUGUUGCAACAAACAUAUGGAAGUGAUUGCAACAUUGCAACGCGACAAUGCAAAGAAUUUCCUAAAUGGUUCAAAGAUCGCAUGAACCAACUGCGAAAUCAAAAGUCACCCGAAGCAACCGAUGAGAUGUGGUCAUUAGCCAAUGGACCUAAUGCCUUAGUGAACACAUAUUCGGGAUGCAUUGCUAAUGGCGUCCGAUUCCAUACUAUCGACCGUGAUAACCGUCGUAAAUGCCAAAAUAGUGGGUUGGUAGUGGAAGGCGACCACGAAGGCCAAUUGAUAAAGUUCUACGGCUACCUUUGUAAAGUGUGGGAGCUGACAUAUUUGUUUGGACAUCGGGUUGUUUUGUUCCAAUGUGAAUGGUAUAACACCGGUAGUAGUCGAACUUUGCGUGUCGAACCACAUGUGACAACCGUUGAUGUAAGAAGUCGAUGGUAUAAAGAUGACUCGUUUGUGUUCCCAAGCCAAGUUCAACAAGUUUUCUAUGUUCCUGAUACGAAUUUAGGGCCGAAUUGGCGAGUCGUAGAAAAGUUUCAACAUCGACGACUUUGGGAUGUGCCAGAAGUAGAUGUGCCAGAAUUUGAUGACGUCUUGCAAGAAGAUGAGACCACUACUGUUGUACCGACUGACCCUAUUGAUGAUGAUGCUGUUUUGCUUCGGAAUGACAUUGAACCUGAAAUAAUUUCAAUGGAAGUUUCGCAUACCAAAAAGCGUGUACAACCCGAGGGUGUUAUGGAUGAUGCUUUCAUUUGUGAUGACGAUGAUGAACUAACAAUCACGGGUGAUGACGAAGAAGAAGAUGAGAUAGAAACUGAUUUUGAUACAGAUACGGACCUAGAGUUUUAA